AUGUGGAGGGUAGGAUACUCCGAAAUAUCCUAUCCUUCCUCCUCUUCUUUCAGUCGAGACUUUUUCCUAGUCAGGUGUUUGCCUAUCCAGUAUCAAAGAUGGAAUUGUAUGCUAAGGCUUAGUGCCAGUAUAGAGCUUGAAGUCUUUAUGGAUGUGCCGAUCUUUAUCCGUACAUAUUACCGACCUGCGAACAUGGAUGAUUCGGUCAGGUACGGGAUAAUAUUUAGGAUGUACGAUUUGGCUGUCCAGUUACAGUGGGGCAAUGUCAUGAAAUUGCUACCAGUAACUAAGACUCAAGUGGAGACAAAAAAAAAAGCACUCAAUUUGAAUGUAAUGGAUUGGCGGUUAACAGAGGGCCAUUUCAACUUAUGCUCUAAAAAGAUAGAAAGCAUUGUUGAAAAAGCCCUCUCUUUAUAUAAAGAGGGCUUUGCGCCUUCGGAUAAAGGAAGAUUCCGAUAUUCGCAUAGGUAUUGAAGUCUACUUCGGGGAUCUGAACAGCUUCCCCUCAAAUGGGAGCCGUUUAAGUCAUCUUAAAAGAGUCCUCGACUGUAUUGGAAAAACAAAAAGUCCAAUAUGGCGGGAGAUCUCUAAUUUGAUUGAGAGCUUUCAAUCAAAUUAGAUUGUAAAGUAGUAGUCCUGUGUAAAAA